CUCUUCCCUCCGUGACUGCAGAGCUGGGGUGAGCUCAGCUGACUGACUGUCUGUCUGACUGUGCUUCUUAUUAUUAUGUCCGCGAUCGGGAGCCGCCAACACCCAAAACACAGUGCGGCAAAGCAUCGUCUCUAAUGAAUGAGGGCGCAGGAAGAAAGAUGAGUCACGAAUGAGGUCUGCAUGAUGUCUUUCAAGAAGGAAACACCCCUGGCUAAUGCUGUGUUUUGGGCGGCGAGGAAGGGGAACUUGGCCCUACUUCAGCUGCUGCUCAACAGCGGGCGUGUGGACGCAGACUGCAGAGACAGUUAUGGGACGACGGCGCUGAUGGUGGCGUCCUACAGCGGCCAUUAUGAGUGUGUCAAAGAACUCAUCAUGCAGGGAGCUGACAUCAACUACCAGAGAGAGACAGGUUCUACCGCCUUGUUCUUCGCUUCCCAGCACGGUCACAACGACAUCGUGAAGCUCCUCUUUGAAUUUGGAGCCUCCACUGAAUUCCAGACGAAGGACGGCGGCACGGCUGUCACCGUCGCCUCUCAGUACGGACACUCCAAAGUGGUGGACACCCUGUUGAAGAACGGAGCCAACGUUCACGACCAGCUCAAUGACGGUGCCACCUCCCUGUUUCUCGCCGCCCAGGAGGGUCAUGUGACUGUGAUUCGUCAGCUGCUUUCGAACGGUGCCAAGGUUAACCAAGCGAGGGAGGAUGGCACUGCCCCCCUGUGGAUGGCAGCUCAGAUGGGUCACAGCGAGGCGGUGAAGGUGCUUCUCCUGCGUGGCGCGGAUCGGGACGCUGACAGACAAGAUGGAUCAACAGCGUUAUUCAAAGCGGCUUUUAAAGGACACAACAGCGUCAUUGAGGAACUUCUCAAGUUUUCUCCUUCACUUGGACUUCUCAAGAACGGCUCCUCUGCCCUUCAUGCUGCUGUUAUGGGCGGAAAUAUCCGAACUGUCCUGCUGCUGCUCGAGGCCAACGCAGACCCCACAUUACCCAACAAGUAUAACGAACUCCCUGCAGAUCUUACAAAGAGCGAACGCAUCCUGAGGAUUUUACAUCCAAAAAUCUUAAACGGGGACAGCUGAUGAUCACCCGGUCACACUCCUCCUGCCUGUAAACACAAGACAC